UCUUUUUUCCCCCCCUUCUCUUUCAAUGUAAAAACUAAUUUCCCCGAGGAAGGGAAAUCCUGAGCUUUGUGAUUGAUGCUGCAUCGUUGAUUCAUCUACAACGGAGGGAAUGGCUGAACGGGACACAGGUAGAGAUCCAAGCAGGCUGCUUCUGACCGGCAAGAGAAAAGCUAGCUGUUGAGCAGCAUAUGUUGCCACUCCAUGURCUGGAUGAGCUCCUUGUUUUUAGCCUUCAGGAGGCUGCCACUGCUGCAGCACUCAAGGAAUGUGCCCUAUUGUUAAAAAUCCCGACUGCUUUACACCAAUGAUUUGCCACUGCAAAGUUGCUUGCACCAACAACACUUUGUCGUUGAUGUUUGGAUGCAAGAAAUAUCGUUAUCAAGAUGAGGACGCACCACACGACCAUACUUUGCCUCGAUUAACCCAUGAAGUGAGAGGCCCCGAGCUUGUUCACGUCUCAGAGAAGAACUUGUCUCAAAUAGAGAAUGUCCACGGAUAUGUCUUGCAGUCGCACAUUUCUCCUUUGAAGGCAAGCCCUGCCCCUAUAAUUGUCAACACAGACACUUUGGACACAAUCCCUUAUGUCAAUGGAACAGAAAUUGAGUAUGAAUUUGAAGAAAUUACAUUGGAGAGGGGGAAUUCUGGCCUGGGGUUCAGCAUUGCUGGAGGAACAGAUAACCCACACAUUGGGGAUGAUCCUGGGAUAUUUAUUACUAAGAUUAUACCAGGAGGAGCUGCAGCAGAGGAUGGAAGACUCAGGGUCAAUGACUGCAUCUUGCGAGUGAAUGAGGUUGAUGUGUCAGAAGUCUCACACAGCAAAGCUGUGGAGGCCCUGAAAGAGGCUGGCUCCAUAGUCCGACUGUAUGUUCGCCGCAGGAGACCUAUUCUGGAGACCGUGGUAGAGAUCAAGUUGUUCAAAGGACCUAAAGGUCUGGGUUUCAGUAUUGCAGGAGGGGUCGGAAACCAACACAUUCCUGGGGACAACAGCAUUUAUGUCACCAAGAUUAUUGAUGGAGGAGCGGCGCAAAAAGAUGGGAGAUUGCAGGUUGGAGACAGACUUCUUAUGGUAAAUAAUUACAGUCUAGAAGAAGUUACCCAUGAAGAGGCCGUCGCGAUACUGAAGAACACAUCAGAUGUCGUGUAUCUCAAAGUUGGAAAGCCCACCACCAUUUACAUGACCGAUCCUUAUGGCCCGCCAGAUAUUACUCAUUCUUAUUCUCCACCAAUGGAAAAUCAUAUACUCACUUCUGGAAACAAUGGCACUUUAGAGUACAAGGCAUCUCUGGCCCCGAUCUCACCAGGAAGAUACUCACCCAUUCCAAAGCACAUGCUUGUGGAGGACGACUACACCAGGCCUCCUGAACCUGUUUACAGCACUGUGAACAAACUGUGUGAUAAACCACCUUCUCCUAGGCACUAUUCCCCUGUCGAGUGUGACAAAAGCUUCCUCCUUACAGCUCCCUAUCCCCACUACCACGUAGGCCUGCUCCCUGACUCUGAGAUCACCAGUCAUUCCCAGCACAGCACGGCAACGCGUCCACCCACGGUGAGCCUACAGCGGACCAUUUCUGUGGAAGGAGAGCCUCGAAAAAUCAUCCUGCACAAGGGCUCCACAGGACUUGGUUUUAACAUUGUGGGCGGCGAAGAUGGGGAAGGCAUUUUCGUGUCUUUCAUCCUYGCGGGCGGGCCUGCCGAUCUCAGCGGAGAACUGCAGAGAGGAGAUCAGAUCUUAUCUGUGAAUGGUAUUGAUCUUCGAGGUGCUACCCAUGAGCAGGCUGCAGCUGCGCUAAAAGGAGCAGGGCAGACGGUAACAAUCAUAGCACAAUACCAGCCGGAGGAGUACGCUCGGUUUGAGGCAAAAAUCCAUGACCUGCGUGAGCAGAUGAUGAAUCACAGCAUGAGUUCUGGUUCCGGCUCCCUGAGGACUAAUCAGAAAAGGUCACUGUAUGUCAGAGCCAUGUUUGACUAUGACAAGAGCAAAGACAGUGGCCUGCCAAGUCAAGGACUCAGUUUCAAGUAUGGAGACAUCCUUCAUGUUAUCAACGCUUCGGACGAUGAGUGGUGGCAGGCGAGGAGAGUCACUCUGGAAGGAGACAGUGAGGAGAUGGGAGUUAUACCCAGCAAGAGAAGAGUUGAACGAAAAGAGCGUGCCCGUUUGAAGACAGUGAAAUUCAAUGCAAAACCUGGUGUAAUUGAUGCAAAAGGGGACAUCCCCGGAUUAGGUGACGACGGUUAUGGAACAAAGACUCUGAGAGGCCAGGAAGACUGCAUCCUUUCUUAUGARCCUGUCACAAGGCAGGAAAUUAACUACACCAGGCCGGUUAUCAUUCUGGGUCCUAUGAAAGAUCGGAUCAAUGAUGAUUUGAUAUCUGAAUUCCCUGAUAAGUUUGGGUCAUGUGUACCACAUACCACACGGCCAAAGCGUGACUAUGAAGUUGAUGGGCGAGAUUAUCAUUUUGUCAUUUCAAGAGAGCAAAUGGAGAAGGAUAUCCAAGAGCACAAAUUUAUAGAAGCCGGGCAGUACAAUGAUAAUUUAUAUGGAACUAGUGUCCAGUCUGUGAGAUUUGUGGCAGAAAGGGGCAAGCACUGUAUACUCGAUGUGUCAGGAAAUGCUAUUAAACGAUUGCAAGUUGCACAACUCUAUCCCAUCGCUAUCUUCAUUAAGCCUAAAUCAUGGGAGCCUCUGAUGGAAAUGAAUAAGCGUCUUACAGAGGAGCAAGCGAAGAAAACCUAUGAUCGAGCAAUCAAAUUAGAACAAGAAUUUGGAGAAUAUUUUACAGCUAUUGUCCAAGGAGAUAGCUUAGAAGAUAUAUAUAAUCAAUGCAAACUUGUAAUUGAAGAACAAUCUGGGCCUUUCAUCUGGAUUCCUUCAAAGGAAAAAUUAUAAAUUAGCCACUGCACCUCUGAUUACAACGGGAGAAUAUUUAGAAGAAAACUAUAAUAUACUAUUUGGAGGCUUUCCUGUUUUUGUUGCAUUUAUGUUCUUUGCAGUCAAUGUGAAUUUUGAUGAAUGUACAACACAAAGUGUUUGAAGCCAUGAAGGACACUGAUGGGUCAAAAAGGGUAGGAACAAAAAGACUUCUACCGCAUAAAGCAAAUCUGUUGUGUGCUCAAAGCACCAGUUGUAGGUACAAACUUUUGAUGUGGAGACCCUCUGUCAAGGGGAGCUAGCCACCUACUGUGCCCAUGUGGACAUUUUGAUCGAUCUCAAUGGCUGAGCUCAGUGUGUUGAUCGCUUUAAAGAGAAGUUCCCAGCUCUUGAACCUCAUAUAGGGCUUGAUCCUGCAAGGCGCUGAACACUUGGUCCCAGUUCCUACACAUGUGAGUAGCCCGUUGACUCGGAGUCCCUACACCGUUCAGUCACAUCCAUUCUUGUAGGACUAUUCAUGUGCUCAAAGCUAAGCACAGGCUAAAGYGUUUUGCUAGAUCAGGGCCACAUGCACCUUGCAAAAUCAAACUCAGAGAACCAGGUCCACUUCCUACUGAAGUCAUUGGCAGGACUGUCUUUGACUUUACUGGGAGGUGGAUCCUAUUCUUAGCUUGUCGUUGCACAUUUGUAGUUGGUACACCUCGACUUUGGUCAAACUAUGCACAUCUUUUGAUUUCUGAUACCAAGUCAUUUCUUUUUAUUUCCCCCUGUUUGGAAACACUAUUGUAUCAGGAACUAAUAACAAUGUAGUUUAUUUUAAUGGCGUUUGGGAGUGGGAGACGAUGGAAGCGUUUCACAUCAUACGUGCACGCAAACACAUUCCCAUGCAAACACACACAUGAGGAUUCACAGCACCUACAUUGACGAGGAGGGAUACAACUGGGAAAAGCUUUAAAAAUUUUUGAUUGUCUAUUUUAUCAUUUAUAUUGAUAGAAGGCACUUAAAGAUGGAAUAAUUUAUAAAAAUAAAAAAUAUAUUGAUGUAUAGAAACUAAUUUCUAUAGGUAAAAAUGUUUUUGUGAGAUAUUUUGUAAAGAUUAAUUAAUUGAAAGAUUAAAUAUUUACACCCUUGUGUGACUGUAAAAUGUAAAGAAGACCAUCAAGUUGCAUUAUCCCUUUUAUCUAACAGAUUCUCUAUUAUUAAUGACAAGCAAGAUAAUUCCUUAAAUUGUAGUUGUCAGGUUGGUUUUCUCUCAAUUUAAUCCUCUCCCUUGCCUCUAUUUAAUCAUGAUGAACUCCUGUGGAAAGGUCUCUUGAACUGACUGCCCUGUAGGACCUUUUUUGAGCACAGAAGGGUAAUGCAUCUUUAAACUGAAAUAGAUGAUUUUCCAGAAGCGAAAUGUCAGUGCUUGAAUAAUUUCCCUCUUGGAGGGAGUCACACCACCUAAAAUGUUUUACAGUGUUCCUCCUCGUUCCUUUAAGGGAAUUACCAAGAGCAUUUGAUCUUUUCUGUCUUCAUAGGCAGGCAGAUCAGCAACUAACUUGUAUCUUCAUUCAUUUCACAGUCAACAAGGGUCUUAAAAGUGAAAACUGAGGCAAUGGAUAUUUGCGAGGGAUUUGGGGCAAGUCUGUGGAAUUUCAUCUUGGAGCUACAAGGAAGCAGGGAGGGAGGUUUAUUUCUUGUUUCUUGUUGCCCUUCCUUUGCAUGCUGAGGCCAUGCUUCACUCCUGACACACAAGGGGACAACUGCAAAAGAUACUGUAAUUGUAAGCUGAACUGCCUUUGCAUCUGCUGCUGGACCAAGUUUUACAUAAAAACCGGAGUCUCCUGCCUACUGGGCUGCAGGAGUCCAAUAGUUGUUACCUGGUGGCUACAGUAACCCUAAACUUUAAGGACCUUUUAAGGGCAAAUGCUAAAUAAGCUCCUCGGUUACUUGUCUCUUAGAAGCUUAUGUUUCUGCACCCUGUCGAGCAGACAGGUCUAUUCAGCCAGCUCCCCAGAGAGCACGACAUGCUGGAUGGUUGUAGAAUUGCCACCAGUGCUGACCGGGUAAUGACACGGGCAUUUCAGUGGCCCUGAGGAGGCCACUCACUUACUGCCCUACUAUGAUAACUUUGAGAAGUUCAUGCAUCUUUUAUUACGAUUUUUUUGCCUGGCCAGCGCAGAUUUAUAAGCAGGGGUUUCAGCUGACUCUUAAGAAAAAGCUUUGCAACCAGAAGGGCUAGAAACUUUUUAUUUUUGGCAAAAUACAAGUGAAUGAAAGCUUAGAUUUUGGAUUAUUCUGCAGAAAUCCACAGAGUGACCCCAGAUCUUUGGAGGCCAUGGUUUUUUUCCAUGCUAGCAAAGCACUAUUGCCCCAGGUUGGGAAAUAGCCCACUUGACCUGAAAAAAUAAGACAAGCAUCCUAAAGCAGGAACUUCAUUCUAAUUUUCAGCUCUGUUUUUAAGCAAUCAGUUACAUCUGCUUCUUUGUUUCUUAGUUCAGCAUGCAGCCUUUUCUGGUACUAUCCUACUAGUAACUGUUUUGCUUUGUCAUGUGCUGUGCUUUACAGUGAACAGUAACACUAUGGCUGAGUACAAUCAAUUUUUCCAUCAGUCCUCAGUUACUGUAGUAACAUUAUUUAUUUUUCCCUGUCUGUUGUUUGUGCUUCCAGUUUAGAGUUGCCAUUGCACUUUUUUUUUUUAAUAAAACAUAUAUUUAAAACUAAUUCACCAAGAGRAGCAGUGAGAGGUCUUCUUUCCCUUAGAACUUGCACUCCCACUUGUUUUGUGUUUUGGCAUUUUGUGUUCCAUGUUGCAGCUUUCUCAGGGCUGCAGAUCAUUUUUGCAUCACAACUGUUCAGAUCAUACUGGGUGGUAGUGGCAGGAGGAAGAGAAACAUAAGAUUCAUGAAAAAUUACAUCUGGUGCACACAAAAAAAUCCCAAAUACAGCCCACAGCGUUUGGCACCUCAGACCGUAUUGGUGCUAACAUGGCUUAGUGUAAUCAGAUUUCUUUUCUGUCCAUGCAAUGGACUUGCAAGUGUCUAAACAUGAGACAAAUGCAAAUGCUGGACCCUUUAGGAAAAGUGCCAGAUCACACCCCUGGUGCUAUUUCUCAUGUUCUGGCACAGUGUGUAGCACUGUAGGGUCUAAGCAGAACCAAAAUCACAGGGCUUUUUUGUCCACCCAUGGAUGAUCACAAUGACAUCUCGCUGGCUUUGUGCAGAUGUGCAAUAUUACAACCUAUUUAUUUCUCCUUUCCACAAAGUAUCUUCCAUGCACUGACUCAUUUAGAGCUUGCUAACAGGGCUCAGUGAAACUACACUCCUUACUGGUCCUACUGGCUGACCACAAACCAGUAAAAGAGCCUUUCCUGCUCAAUUCCCCCAUCCUACAGAGGUACCCUGUCCAUGCUAGCGCUUUGUAAUUUUUUUCGUAGUAAAGGCUGUUUCUAGAUAAAUAUUCUGUGUUGUAAUUGUGUUUGUAGCUAGCAUGGGUCGAUGCUCCAGUGUGGAUAGGGUCCUCAAAACCACCCUGUGGAAGUCUAGGAUAAGAAAUCUCUCCAUUGCACUGAAAUUUGAAAUCCUGAUCCUGGAGUGCUGAACCUGAGCUAAUAACCAYGAUGAGCCAGCAACAGUGUCCUCAUUAUACAACAUCCAUCUACCUAUUUACAAUAGUUUUCCAUGGAGAAAUUGUUGGUAUUUAACUGUUACUUACUCAUUAGCAUUCAGACAAACUGUAUUUUUGCUUUAGUUUUCUUUUUUUGCUGUUAUUUUUUUUUUCAAAUCCUGAAAAGAGAAUUCAGUGACAGACAACACGUGAAUAUUUGUAUGGAAAAAAAAGCAUUAAAGAACAAAAGUUUCCACCUUCUUUUUAAGCUGCAGAUUUAAAGACAUGAUAUCUGCAGUGUACAGAGAAAAUGGUCUGUCAGUGUUCAUAGCUUUGAACCUCAGCAUUUUUUUCUCUAGAACAUUUUGUCUGCCACGUUAUGCAUGUGGUUCACUGUGCAACUGCAUUCAUGUGCUCAAGACCAUGCUUUGAUAAAAUAAAUAUACCUUACUGUUACAUUAAAAAGAAGACAUCUUGUCAAUUAGCUCAGAAGCAAGAAUGAGGUCAUCAUUACGUGAAAAAAAAAGACUCUUUUAGAGCACAACCCAGCAUUAAAGCUAAGAGCAAAUAACACCUUCAACAUAUAGCUAGUGUGGAUCCUCAGCUGGUAUAAACCAUGGUUGCUCCACUGAUUUCCAUGGAAUACCUCCUGUUUACACCACCUGACUUUAUAUAUAUCCUCUCCAUUUUGCCUACUUUAUAGCAUUACUGUAAAAUAUCAAGGCYGUGUAAUUAAACAAGAGCUCAGCACUUUUUUUUCAUUAGUUCCUGUUCCUAUCACUGUAGCACCCAGAGGGCUUAGUCAAGAACCAAGACCCUUUUUGACGUAGGUGCUGUGAAAGUGUUGAACAAAAAGACACUCCCAUGGGCCAGAUGCUGUGGCCAGGUUUUCAGAAGGCUUCAGCCCCACCAUCAUCUCACCAAGAGCAAUAGGAACCACCGCCUGGUCGGCCCUUUGGAGAAUCAGUCUUUAAGAUGACAGGAGCAAGACAUGAGAUAUCAUCCCUCAUGCAGAGCUAGCAGCUUGCACCCUCUGGCCCUGACCUACAGCCCAGGCAACUUCCAGUGAUGCCCUAGGUAAAACAGCAUUUUGGAGAAUGGGUGGUAGCCAGAAAUCUAGGUUUUAAAGGAAAAAAAUCUUAAAUAAAUGAAAAAAUAAAUGAGUUGGCUCUUAGUGAGAUAGCAACCUUUUAAUUUCUGGAUUUGUGUGCCUAAAUUUGAGUCUGACCUUCCGAGUGCAACAGCCUGUCUUCAGGAGGCCGCUUCUGUCUGACCACGCUGACCAACUUGCAUCUCUUUAGCAGGAUGUUUCUCAACCCGGCUGUAGUUUGGGGUACUCAGAA